AUGAAUACCAAGUUGUUCUUUGGUAAUUCUUUGUGUAAUAAAAUUUUAUAUAAGAAUGUUAUAAAUAAUUUAAGGGGAUGCUAUAAUAUUGCCGGUCCAUUUAUUAUAUCCUACUUAAAGUUGGAAUAUAUAAAUAAUAAAAAGGAAGAGAGUUGUUGUUCGAGUAAUAUAGGAAUAAAAAAGGGAUAUGGAAAUAAAAUGAAGAGUUUCGAAUUAUUAAAGAAAAGAAAUAUAUUUAAUAUAUAUGGUAAUAAUUUUUGCACAUGUAUGAUAAAAAAUAUGUAUAAUAAUAAUAUAAAUAUUUAUAAUUCUGAUGGAUAUAAUAAUUUUGUAAAAACAUUCAAAAGAUAUAAAAUGGUAAAAACGAGUUCUUAUAAAAGAAAAGCAAGAAGCUCACCAAAUGGGCAAGGUCAAAAAGCUAAAAUCGGAAUUAAAAGGUUAAGUGGUGAAUAUGUAAGAACAGGUCAAAUGCUUGUUAAGCAAAGAAAAAUUAUUUGUUUUAAUUAUGAAAAUAAAACUAGAAGAAGAAAUUUUAAAUAUUAUCCUGGAGAAAAUGUAAAAGUUGCUAAAAACACAAGUUUAAUUGCUUUAACGAAUGGUAGAGUUAAAUUCACUUUUCAUGUUAUACAAAAUGUUUUUCUUGUAAAUAUCCUACCUGAAGAAUUAGAAGAAUUAAAAGAACAAGAUUUAUAUAGAUAUAGAACGGAACAUGUAAAAUCUUUUGAAGAAAAUAGAAGUUUAAUAUACCUUAGAAUGAAAAAUAAUAUCCUAUUUCCAAAAUAUAAACAAACGCAAUAUAUUAGACCACCCUUAAAACCUCAAUUCUUAACAAAAUAUGAUAUAUAUGAUAAUCCCACACUACAAAAAGUUCCUUUAUUAUAUCAUAAAAGGGAAUAA